UGGAAUAAUAUUUAAAAUGUGUUAAAUUAAAUGAAGUUGUGGUAAAAUUCCCAAUUUGAAUUGAAUGUGUAAAUAAUGGUAGUAAAAUGAAGUGGAUGGAUUUACGUCACGCAUAUUACCUGAAAUCGUCAGAUUUCAUGGCAAUGCUUUCGAUUCUUCACGUGCUAAUGUUAACACUGAUUGGAUUUGGAGUGUUGAGGGUCUCUUUUGACAUUGGUGAGAUUCAGGACAACGCUUGGGCUUUAAUAGUUUCUACGGUACUUUUUACCACUUGCUUGGCAGGUUCCAGGCGUAAAAAUGAUAAUACUUAUGGUAAAUUCCAUAAAUGGUUCUUACCUCUGGUACUAUUUAUUAGUUUAGUAAUGAUGAUUACACUCUCAGCUUAUCAUGGGAUUAUUACAGUCCUAGCUUUACAUCUUGUACUGAUUUCCUUUUCUCUUACAGGCUUUCCUUGUGUUUUUUUAAUCCUCAUCAAUUUGGUGGGAAUCUCAUUUGGUACCGGAUUUCACGUGAUUCUUGUCAGACGUUUAUAUUCUAAACUUGCUGAUGAUGAAGUCGUUAACAAAUAUCCUGACCUUAUUACCACUUACGGUUACGGAUUAGCUACUAAAUCUUCUAUUGUGCUGGUUGACAUGGCUAUUCUUUAUCUUCAAGUUUUAGGUGGAAUUUUAUUUUAUAGUAGAUUUUGGAAAUUAGGGUUACUAAUGUCAGAGUGGCGAUCAAAACCCAGCUAUUAUUUAAAUGAUUUCCCUUUUUUAAUUAAACUUGAAAAACUAAUUUUUGGUAAAUCUCUCUUUAUGGAGUCGAAAGAAAUUAAAAUACUUGAAAAAACUAAAGUUACUGAUCCAAUUCAUAAUUCACAUCGUCCAGAUUUUGACACUAAAUCACCAAAUUCACCUGUACCUAAAAAUAAAAUCUUAAGUUCACCUUUAAAGCGUAAAAAUUUAAGCUCACCCGCAAAGGAUAAAAAAUUGGAAUCCGAUGAACCAACUUUAUCUUGGGGAAUUAUAAAGGAACAAGAUGAGGAUUUAGAUUCAUCUAAAAAACUUGAUUUAAACCUCACCAAUACUACCACUAACACCAGUGUCAACAUACUUAAUUCUCUUACUACUACCACGAACACCGAUACACCCAACCCAUUCAGUAAUUCUCCAAAGAAUGUGAAGAAUGUGAGAGAAUACAAUUCAUACGUGACUGAAGAAUUGAAUGAUGAGGUAUGGAUGGAUUUUCUGAGAGAAAGUGAGGGUGAGCCUAGUGGAAACCGAACAUAUUCUCAAGAAAGAAUCAUUUUAAACAAUCAAAUUAGUAACCAAAAGACUAUUGAGGAAUUUGAUGAAAGUUUGAUUAAGAAGUUUACCAAGAAUUUACUUGAGAAUGAGGAAGCAAUGUCACAUUUAGGCGAUCCUCUUUUAAAUGAUGAACUGACACUUAUAAAAAAUGUCGGAACGCAAGACAAUUUACACUCCAAAUUAGUUCAGCAAUCUGAUGAUUCUAGUGAAAGAGAAUUUAUGUAUGAACAUAAAAGAAUUGAAACCGCUCCAUUCCAUUAUAAACAUCUCGAUUCAGAUUUUAAUUCACAGUUAUCGUAUAAUAUGACUAGCAUAAAUAGUUUGGACAAUGUGCUGGUAACUGAUAAGAUUUUGAAUAUGAAUAUCCAAAUAAAUAAUCCUCUUUUGAAGAUGACAUACCUCAUAAUGCCUUCAUUCAUUAAGAAGUUAAUGAGGAAAAUGUUCUUACAUCACGAACGAGUGCUGAGGAAGCAGGAAGUGAUUAAUUCUCUACGCUGGAGUGGACCAGAAUCACUCCCUAGAUGGAACUUUCUACACAUGUUCUCUCAUGAUCCUUAUGAGCUUAUUUAUGUCAAGUGGAUGCAUUGCUUUAAUAAAUCGUUUUAUAGUAUCACAAUGGUUGAAAUUAUUCUCAUCAUCUUCUAUAGCCUCAUCGGAAGUUCUCUGUUAUGUUAUAGACAUUAUUUAACACUGAGUAAGGUGGAUAAAGAGUUAUUUGUAAGUAAUAUCAAGGGUUUAAUUACCAUAUCUUUAAGGUUUAUCCUGUUUCCAAUCAUUUCAUUUUUUAUCAUUAUUAUUAUACUGUCAAUGGGUACUCCAUCAAUCACUCAAACAAAAGCUAAAAUGAAAAAAUCCUCCACUAAUUCGGAAACCAAGGGGCUCGAUACAACUCAAACUAAGGGUAUCGGAACACUUAAUACUAAGGGUAUGGAAACCGUUAAAAGUAAGGGAUUGGAAAAAGUUGUGAAGAUUUAUUGGAUAAUGAUAGUGUUAUGCUUAGUUGACUUCAUAGGAUCAUUAUUUGAUGUGUUUAUAUCUUUGGGUUUAAAAACACCGCCAUAUCCAGUCCACAACAGCUUAGUGAUGCAAUUUCUCAUGACAAAAACUGCGGCGUUCUUACCCUUAAGAUUUCCCACUCUUUUCCUACUCUAUAUCGUAUACUUUAUCGGACUUUUUACUUGCCAAUUCUUUUUCCAUCACAUUCAAGCCCUCCGAUACAUUACCAUGCAAGUCACUUGUCAAAUUGUUAUUGGUAUCGGAAGCUACGCUUUCCUUAUUAAACCCAUUGAUGUUAAUCGUAGAAGGAUUUUCUCUGAAGUGGUGCUACCUUAUAUUUUAUUACUUCUUUCCAAAUUCCACAAGAAAUACAAACCCGUCCACUACUAA